AGCAUGUUUGCCAACUGUCAUUUGUCUGAUUAUUGAUUGUCCGUCUUGUAAUUUCACUUGCUGCUAAACAAAGCGAAAAUCAGGAAUAAAUGCCAAAAAGGGAUUGAUAAAGUAGUGUUUGUGUAUUUCUCUCCAUCAUGGAGGAGAAAAAGUCAAUUCUGCAUGAAUUAUAUGUAUUUUCUGAAUGGAAACCAGAACCGGAGUACAUACAAAAACCAGACAGCUUACUGCCAGAGAAUAUAUCAGCUUUUUGGAAAUGGUUAAACUUUUUUGGGCCUAAGAAAAAUCUAAUAGACGGAGUAGCAGCACACUUGGAGAAACAACAAAAGUGGCACAUUGCUCUGGGCGACGAAGGCAAAGUAAUUGCUGUAUUAACUGACAAUAUACUGGAGAUAAGAACAAAGCGUUCAGAGUAUGCCACUAUUGCUGCCAGGACCACAGUGAGCCGUGAUGCAUAUCCACAAUGGCGCAAGCUGGUGUGGAGUCCAGACUGUUCAUUUGUAGUGCUGGCUUAUGGUAACGGUGUUGUCAGCUUCUUUGACCUCACCGCAUCAAACCUGUUCAACAUUCCAAUAGAUUGUUCAAGGCCAGGAGGCUUGGAAUGCACAGACAACACUCAUGCAGUAGCUGACAUCAUAUUCAUGCCUUUGAGGGUCAAAGAUACUAAAUGGAACUGGGAAGUGUUAGUGGUGACAUACGACGGCAAGCUGCGCGGCUACCUGGUGUCGCAGACGGACGGCUGCAAGCUGCACCACUCGUUCCGCUUCGCGGGCGGCGUGGCCGCGCUCAAGUACUGCGCGCCGCACGCCACGCUCUAUGUGGCCGGCGUGCCCACCGGCUCCGCUAAAGAUCCGACAUCUCCCCUCCACGCCGGAAUCACUGCUUGGCGGAUAUUGAACGAUGAGCCGUUCUAUAAGUUGUCCGUAGUGUCAGACGAACUUGAGGCGCAUGCUAAUGAUCGUUUCAAGCUCUAUGUACCAUUUGGAUACAAGAAGUCGGCAUUUAUAGUCCAGAUGGAGCUUUCUCCAGAUGCAACGAAAUUGGUUUGUCUCCAUUGUAACGGAGACGUCUCAGUAUGGAGACUGCCGCUUCUCAAGCUUGUAUACCGGUGGCCGCUGAACAACCAGCCACACUUCGACUUGAGGAACCCCCUCACUGGGGCUGAGAAGCCGGGGAAGAAAAACUUGGCUCUCUGCCAUCCUGCUGAUAUCAAUUGGUGGAGUAAUGAGGAGAUCAUAGUGUCCCGUUUCAGUGGCGCGGUCACUAUUUGUGAUCUGGAAACAAUGUCCAAUAUUCUUGGAAAGAAGCCUGAAUUUUUCCAGGGCUCACCACAGAUAACUUGCGCUCACGAUGGGACAUUCAUGGUACUGGAAUGUGAAAGCAAUGUGCUGCCUGCAAAGAAGUCUCGAAGCGAUGAGAGUAUGGAGGUGGUCCGCGUGGAGUCGGAGGCGGAGGACACGGUCCUGGAGCUGGCGCGCGAGCUGCUGAAGUGGGUGCUGUUCGGCAUCACGGACAUGGAGGCCUUCCAGCCGCGCCCGCGCAGGAUCACCGUCGUGUCGCGCGUCUACCGCCUGCUCGGCCUCAAGAGCACCACGCCCACUGAACUCUUCUCCAGGAAGAUCGAGAGCGGUAACUACAAUGAGGCCCUCGCUUUGGCCGAUACAUUCAACCUGGACAGUGACCUCGUGUACCAGCAGCAGUGGAGGAAGAACCCCGUGUCCACUGACGCUAUACAAAAAUACUUGAGCAAAGUAUCGAAGAAGAUAUGGGCGGUGCACCAAUGCGUGGACCGCCUGCCGGAGACCUUGCCGGCUGCGAAGGAACUGCUGCAGUUUGGGCUGGAACUCACCAACGAUACGAUCAUGGAUGAAAUCAACAAAGAGCAAAUCGAUCCUCUUACGGAGGCGGAUGACAUUACCUUGGAGCACUUGAACGCUUACACGAGUGAACUGUUGCGAUGUCGGCAUGUUAUGCUGUUCUAUAAAGAGAGGCUCAAACUUUAUGAGUCGAUACUCCGCUGCGAGAAGUCAACUUACGUAAAAGACGAGUACGAUCGUCUACGUAGCAACAGCGUAGUACACAGUGCUAUGGAGAUUGCAAAAGAAGGUCGUAUCGAAGCCCUGACCUGCCUCUGGCCGCACAUUAAGACCAUUGCCAUGCAACUGGCGGUCUUGGAGAAACUGCCAGAGACCAUCAAUCCUUUGGAGUACCAGCAUUUGUUGCCGACGAAGCAUCCAUUCCAGUGGUUUGAUAAGGGAUCCCCAGUGAAGGUGCCGCCCACGGUCAUCGAACAUGAUUGGUGCAGGAAGGAGAUUUUCAGGUCAAUUUGGAGUUCAAACUGGUCUGAAGAUUUGACACCAGAAUCAGAAACAGCCGGCGAGAUACCGGCAAUCACCGACGACGUAGCGAAAUGGUACGAUAAGAGAGCGAGGGAGAUAGAAGAACGUUCUGGCCUCGUCUCGCACGCUCUCACUCUCGUUACACUGGCCACGGUGGGGGGCGGGGUGGAGGGACUUGAUGACAUCAUGUUCCAUCUGCUAACACUUGAUACUUUGAUAUAUGAUAUCAAUGUGGAAGGUGUAACGUUAGAUGAGCUGCAGAAGAUGACUAUACUCGAGACUUGCACUAUGCUGAUGAAGAUGUCGACACCACUUACAUUCGUAGCGGACUUGAAGCAGUUCGUGAUUCCGUUCUUGAAGCGGUUCGAGAACCUCACGAAGCGAACGGACUCCUGCCUUAGCGGCCUAACCGACUACCUCGAGAGCAUCAGUGUUACAGACCUCUCUUUCAUAUUACUUGUGCUACAAUCGCCCAGUGAGUUUGAAUUGGACGUUCGAACUCAUCUGGAGUUGGCGGAGCGCUGUCUGUUCGCGCACACCGGCACUGAACAACUGGACAAAGCGUGCGACUUGCUCGAUACUUUGCUGAAGGAGACUGACGGCAGCAUCAGCGGCAGUGAGCUGGUCCGCCGCGCGAAGGAGAUCGAGCGGCUGGUGUCGGGCAGCAGCCGCCUGGCGUGGCGCGGCCUGCGCGUGCCCCCGCGCGAGCUGCGCGACCUGCGCGACGACCACAAGCACGUCUACAACCUGCUCACCAGGCUCGCCAGGACACUCGCGCUCGGAGAGGAGAAACCAACCCAACAGGAUUGGGAGAAGUUGCUGAAGGAUAUAUUGGAACUGCAGUCGACGCUGUUCGAUUGUAUUACUAAGGAACAAUGCCACGAGAUAUACGCAUCAGCUCUCCUAACGUCUGGCGACAUUCCAAGUAUCAAGUUGGCCAGUGAAGUACUGACAUGUACAGCUGACGGCCGCCGCAACUCGCAGCUCGUCAACUACGAGAGGAGCGUAGCGCUAGUGUCCGCGGCCGCCAAGGAGUAUUUCAACUCCGCCGGCAGUUUGAACGAUCCCGCCUUGGAGAUGGCCAAAUGUUGUCUAACAUUAAUAAAGGACGAUAACAAAGAAGUUCAAAAGGAAUUGGAUUUGAUAUUAGCGUUGCAACUCUUGCAUUCGUUUGGUGUUACCAACCUUCUGCCGAUACAAGUUCGAGUUUGUGAAAAUCGAAUAAAGAUAGUAGAAGGUUGUUUACAAUUGGAUCCUAAUGCCUACCUAGCAAGCCAUAAGUUACUGAAGCUAGCGACGUUACUGAGAGUGAACGGAGAUGAUGAGGUGUCGAGGCUAGAAUUAGAACUGGAAGGUCUGCAACAAAUGGGUGUAACGCUUAAAGAAAACAACCAACUUUCUGAGCGUUGGCCUUCAACUGAUGAUGAGUUUGCGGACGCUAUUACAACGCCUAUUAUUGAAAAGAAGGAUCUAGUUGUACCAGCUAAGCCGGAAAAGAAGAUACCGCUCUUCAACUAUUUGCUCGACACGUUCCAGAAUAAAUUCGCUAUUAGCGACAACAAAACGUCAUCCAACGAGCCGGUAGAGAAAACAGUCCACUGCCAAGAGUUCUACCGCAAUCUGUACCCGGAGCAUCAGAUCAGCAACAACUACUACAGCUACGACCGGUUCUCGAUACCUGAUGCCGCUGAGGGGCCGACCGCUGUCGGACAUAAUGUGCUCAAAUGGUUCUACAUACAGAACUGCUUGGAGAAUGGGUCUACGUGUGAAUUGGAGUCUGAGGUGGUGAGCAAGUGCGCCGAGCAGCUGGUGUUCUGCGACACGGGGCUGUCGGUGUCGCUGUGGCCGCCGCCGCAAGAGUGUCUCACGCCCACUGCACAUGCACAAAUAAAGGAAGCUCUCUGGCCCGAAUUGAGCGGCACCGAGCACAACGCGCUCAUCAACUUCUUCCUCCUACUGAAAGGCGUGGACGAGAAGGCGCCCAUCUCCGGCCUCACCGCAGCUGAACACAUCAAGCUGCUCAAGAAGGCUAAGGCCGCUUCAACAGAUUUAGACUACAAGCUCUUGCUGGAGCAGCCGACGGCGGAGCAGCUGACCGCCCACAUCCUGUCCAUCAUCAAGCCGGAGAACGUGGGCAUGGUGACGAAGUUCCUGCGCUCGCUGCCGCCCGCCUUCAAGAUACCCAUCUCCGUCAACGCCAUCUAUACCAAGUGGCUCACCAAGUACUUCUUUAGUGUCCCAGCGAACGCUACGAACAAGAAGUGGAUGCAGCAGUACCGGCAGUGCGCGAGCUACUUCAACAAGCUCUCCAAGCACGAGCUCGUGCAGUUCGUGGCCGACACCUGCUUCACCGACGACGCUAUUGAACUCGUGCCUGCCGGGACACGCAGCCUGAUGAUAAUGCAAGCAGUCGACUAUUGUCAACAAGAACAGGAGAACGACUUCAAGUAUAAUAAAACUGAACAAACCUGGGCCCAAGUAGGCCAAGAGCUGACCCGAUGGGCUCGCUUCCUCGAGAACUUCCACUCGACUACCGUACAGAGCAUCAUAGACAACAGCAACGUACCUAGAAAUGAGAUAUGGCCUGAGAUCGAGAAGAGCCACGGCAACCCGGAAAAGGUGACUACAUGCUUAGCCCAGCUUGUCCACGCGUUUGACAUGCGCGCGCCUGCCCUGGGCUCGCUGCUACAGUGCCUGCACUGCGAUGUGGAAGCUCAUCAUGUGUUCUCACACAUAGCGAAUAACCACCUGCACACAUCUAGUGAUAUACUGAACCUAGUCAACCGCCUAACCCAAUAUCACAAAGAAGGCAUCAAGUUCCCUGAGGAGCUACUAGACGUGGUGAUGCAGAAGGCGGCGGAGUUCUCCCUCCCGCCGCACAAGCAGAUAGGCCUGCUGUCGCUCAGCCAGCGCGCGCGCGUACACGACACCGACGACAUGAUGAAGAUAGCCAGCUUCAGCGUCGACCUGUUCCGCACUGAGUGGCCAGAGGAUGUCGCCAAGGAUGUUACUUGUGAGAACCUAAUGACGGAGGAAGGCCGCCGCGAUGCCUUUGCCAAGAUCCUGCAGCUGUCAGACACGUGGCAGCGUAAGAAGGCCCUGGUCGAUGUGGUAAACUGCUGGCCGCCUACAAGGAGCAGCGAAUCCCGAAGCCUGCAUAGUGAAUAUAUCAGCCAUCUUCUGAAGAACUCCACUGAUCAGAAAGAGAGCUUAGUGCUCAUCAAGUUACUUUUACGGCGACCUGUGCUAGUUGACGAGGAAAUUAAAUGGCUGUCGUCUGAUGUACCAGCCGAAGCGGUAGUGAAUGCAAUAUGGUUGAUGCUUCUCAGCAAGUGCGAACAAUCCCAGGACGAUAUUCUGAAUCUAGUUCUAGAACACAAGGAAUAUGUGCAGAAGCAAGAGAUAGACGAUGAAUUAAUCAAAGAGCUGCUCGACAACAAUAUGUUUAUUAAACUAGUCGCAACACCCCUAUACACUUUCUUCAUAAACUACAUAAUCACUAACGAGACUGCAGCCUCUGCAGCAACCGUUGGCGAGGGCGCGAGCCCCAGCCCCUACACGCUGCAGUGGGCCACUACGGAACUGCUCAAGGCCAACUACCUUGCCGAAGCUGGGCAUCUGAAACUCAUGUCUCUUGGCGUCCCACCAUCACUCCGCGGAUUCUCGCAAUCAGUCCUGUACUGCAAAAAUAUGUUUACCAAUUAAAUUAUUCUUGAUGUAUUUUAAGUCUAUCGGUGUCUAUAAUAAUCAAUGGAUUAAUAUAUUACGGUUAAAGGGC